GUGCCUGUUAAGAGUCGUUCUGCAGUCUACAGUUGGAAAGAGUACCAUUCUUUGAAUGAUACCUAUAGUUGGUUGCAAACUUUGGCUCAGCAACAUCCCGGAGUUGUUACCUUGAUUGACGUUGGUCAGACUUAUGAGAAACGACACUCCCAACAAUUCGGACGUGUACCCUGGACCUUCGGCCUUCUCCGAAAUUGAAACUGAAUCCCUGUCUAAAUAUAUUGGCUCGAUAAAGGAUAGGAUCAAUCUGUACAUUUCCCUCCAUGCCUAUUCACAGUUGCUGCUCUACCCCUAUGGAUACACGAAUGAACUGCCAGAUAACGCAGCCGACUACAAGAAGGUCUUUGAUGCGGCCAUUGGAGCUAUAAGCAAGCGUUACGGCACCAAUUACACUGGUGGCAAUAUUUACAAAGAGAUCUACCCCGCUGCUGGCGCCAGUUUGGAUUGGGUUUAUGGUACCCAAGGCGUGCGAAUGGCCUUCUGCUAUGAGCUGCGUCCCACUGGAGGCAAUGAUUUAAAAUCCUUUCUUCUACCCCCUGACCAAAUUAUUCCUACCAGUGAGGAGCUACUGGAUUCUAUCACGGCCAUGGUUGCCGAAGUAAAGAAUCUCGGCUACUUUGUUAAAAAGUGGACAACUUAUUAAAUGCUACUUACAUUUUUGUUGCAUAGUCAUGAA